AUGUCCCCUAUAACCUACAAUGUGUUUGGCGACAUCACCACUAUACUCUUGUCCGUGCGUGGCCUUGGCGUGACGCUGGAAGAUGCGCGCGGCGUCGCCAAAGAAUAUAAGCAAGUUGCUCGGGUACUCUCAACCCUGGAAGCAGUUAUAGGUGAAGUUCACGCACUAGCCCAAGCCUCGUCGGACAAGUCUUUGGAACAAGCCGUCGUCGAGGAGGUCGAACGAUGUUGCAUGGUCAUCGAUAAUACGUUUAACAGCUUUCGCGCCUUCGAGAGGCUCGAGGAUGUCUGCGCGCUCUCGCCGACCCGCCAUACGACGCAAGGUCUUUUCAAGAAGCACCGGUGGCGCUUUCUGCGUGCUUCCGAUGCUUCCCGGAACGCAAAGAGCUUCAACGAGAGUCUUCAACGGUUCAACAAGCUCCUCUCCAUACUCUCGCAUCAAGCGACCCCUCACCAGAUGAAUGAUCAGCGGUGUCCUUUGAAGCUUGCACCAGGUCAGCGCCCUGGAGCCCACAAGUCCGCUGACAAUAUCGCGGGUCUUUCACUCUCCGCUUCCGAGGAGGCUUCAUCGUCAUCCCCCACGCAGGUCAUGGGACAAAUCCUUUCCCGCCCAUUCUUUGCCGUACCUCAUGCUCGGCGAGCCACGUCUCGUGGUCAACGUAUCACCGACAUGAUCUUCGACUCGCUCGCGCCUAACAAGUCCAAAGAUCGACGACGUCGAUUCUUGUCUUCACUUUCCCCAUUCCUUGUCGCAGGUGCCGCUUACGUGGUUUUCGAGAACGUGGGAUACAACGGGCGAAUCACGGCUCUUUGGAUCGCCAUCUGUGCGCUUGUCGUGCAGAUUAUCUGGCUUCAGUCAAGAAUGCCGAUGCACACGGGCUCUGCUCACGACAAUAGCAUCAUUAUUAUUGGAUUGCUCGGAGAAGAUAUCGUAGUACCCUAUCAAUUUUGUAGAUCUUUCGAGACGCUACAUCAGUUCCUGGGACAAUUUUACUCGGAGACUCCUCCACUAACGUCAAUGGACUUCGUGAACACGAGGCUCUAUGAGUUGUACAUCGCCGGCACCUCGGAUCCUAUCGCCUCCGAUACCUGUUUCAUUCACGUACGGCCUGGUGUCUGCCUAGAGAUGGUCUUGUUGCUGGUUUCCGAAACAGAAGAGAACAAACUACCGGCUUGUCCCUGGUGCGACGUUCAGUACGAGUCUGUGGAGAAGUCCAGUGCGAUGACCUGUGCUGGAUGUUAUAGAGACCUCAUACAGACACGCAAAGACAUAGCAAUCGCCAGAUGGACUGGGAUCUUUACAGUGGCUGAUAUCGUGUCAAGAUGCCAGGACACAGAUUUCAAUGUGGCCCUCUCCCAGAUGGAUACGCCAGUCACCGACAUGACAACCAUGGCACAACUUGGUACUUUCGUCGAUAUUGUCGACCCUUCAUUCCGGCGUCGAUGCCAUCGUAUUCAUGCCGUCAACAUCUUUUGGCACCGAAGUUAUACACCCGAGGACGUUCGAUCGGUGUCGCAAUGGGUGGCGGAGACUUUGCUCGCCAAGCAGGCUACGUUUACGAAGUCAAACCUCGGCUAUGAACUGAAAAGGUCGUACAUCAGGUCUAUCAAUAAGAUUGACGCUUCCCGUUCCCUCUAUAAAGAAGAUCUAUCUCUCGACAAGCGCAUCUACGAUGCCGUCCUGGAGGAGAUUGCACCCAGUGCGACCACAAGUGUUAACCCUGACGGGCCGGCGCUCAGCAAGCCGAUGACUGUUGUGGAACACAGAUUGCUUGCAGAGAUGGUCUCUACUCUGAACGCUUUCAUCGACGACCCGUCAGAAAAGAACCUUCACCGGUGGGAGGACGUGGUCAAGGAUGACCCGGACGCUCACGCGUCCUUCGAUAUGCGAAAGGAGUAUGAGGCACUCCUAGAUGAGCAUCGGUCUAUUAGCAGGAGCCUCUGUAGUGCAUUUGGCUUCACAUGA